AUGGACGUUCCAGUUCUCAUCAUCGGCACUGGCCCUUCUGGCGCUACUGCAGCCCUUCAUUUGGGUCGUCUUGGAAUCAAAUCUAUCGUUGUAUCCCGCCACCGAGGAACCGCCAAUACCCCUCGCGCACAUAUCUUCAACCAGCGGGCGAUGGAGGUCCUUCGCGAUGCGGAGAUAGAAGCUCAGUGUUAUAGAGAAGCAAGCUCCAUGGAGCAUAUGGCGCACUCUUCCUUCCUGGACAAACUGACUGGCCAAGAGUACGGACGGCUUUGGGCUUGGGGAAACAAGCCGCAACAGAAGGGCGAGUAUGAGGUCGCUAGUCCUUGUCACAUGAGUGAUCUUCCUCAGUCUCAUCUGGAGCCAAUUCUUGUCGAUGAGGCCAAAAAGCUCGGCGCACAGUUCCGCUUCUACACCGAGUUUGUGAGCGUCACCCAGGACGAGUCUGGCGUGUCCACCAUUCUGCGAGAUCGAGAGUCAGAAAAGACUUACAUGGUGCGCUCGAACUAUCUACUUGGCUGUGACGGAGCGCGCAGUGCUGUUGUGAGCGCGCUGGGAAUCCCAAUUACAGGGAGACAAAUCAACACGGCGUUCAACGUGCAUAUUCAAGCCGACCUCACCAAAUACAUCGCUCAUCGUCCGGGAAGUCUCAAUUGGAUCUUGAAUCCAGAGGCUCCAGACUGGUCCGCUGUCGGAAAUUUUCGAAUGGUGCGUCCCUGGCACGAAUGGGUUGUCUCGAUGCACCCGGCCUCGAAGAAUGGCAAGCGAUUUACCCCAACCGAGGCAGAUAUCAUCAAACGUCUGCACCAGAUGAUCGGCGACACAUCAAUACCUAUCAAGGUACUCUCGACAUUUGAAUGGACUAUCAACGACCAGGUCGCCGAUUAUUGGCAGCGGGAUCGGAUCCUAUGCAUUGGAGACGCCGUUCAUCGGCACCCUCCCAUCAAUGGUUUGGGUAGCAACACAUGCCUGUCCGAUGCAUUCAACAUUGCGUGGAAGCUAGCUUAUGUCAUUAAAGGCAUUGCGAAGCCUGCUCUCCUGGAGACUCUCAGCGUCGAAAGGAAGCCUGUUGGUGAUGGCAUUGUUCGCCGCGCCAACACCGGCAUGGAAGCACAUCGGAACCUGUGGUCUAUCAUUGGGUUGACUCCAGAGGACCGGCAAAAUGCCUUGUCAUUGCUUUCAGAAGAUAGUCCUGCUGGUCAACAGAAACGAAAGGAUUGGGCGAAUGCCCUAGAGGCUAUCGACGCCGAGGUUCAGGCAUUGGGGAUCCAAAUGAACCAAUUCUAUGUUGGAUCUCCGGGUGUCAUCGCAGAGCCUGACGACUUACCCCCAGAUUUUGGAGCACUUGACCCAAUCAAGGAGCUCAAGGUUUCCACUUACCCAGGCUACCACCUGCCACAUAUUUGGCUCUCGAAGAACGGCCAGAGUGAGCGAGAGUCUACCCUGGACCUCGCAGGACAUGGUCGUUUUGCAUUGUUCACUGGAGUUGGAGGAGACUGCUGGAUAUCUGCUGCCAAAGCUUUGACUGCUUCUGCUUGGGGUGUCGAGGUUGUUGGCUACAAGGUUGGAUUUGGUGGAGAUUACAUGGAUUGCUAUCGAGAAUGGGCCCAGGUUCGUGGUGUCGAUGAGGAUGGUGUUGUGUUAGUGCGCCCUGAUCAUUUCAUUGCCUGGCGAUAUCCUCGUCGUAGUGACGAUGCCGAGGCCCGGCUUCGUUGUGUUCUGGAGAAAAUACUAGGCUUCUAA